ACAGGUCAGUAAUAAAGGCCAUGUGCAGUAUAUGCCAGGGUCCGCCAGGGUGCGCCAAACGCAAACCAACGGGGGAACUGAUCGCGUUUAGGACGUAUACAAUGUCCGGAUUAGAUUUGGGAAACCUCGGAUUCCGGUCACACAGAUUGUCCUUUUAAAACCGAACAUUUAGGGAACUCAAUGGAUUUCAAGGAAAUUGUGCUCAUGUGUCAUAUACUAUGAUAAUAAAUCAUAAUAAUAAUACUCGCAGUUAGAUUGGACAUCGACGUAUUCUACGGACAAUUCUAACGAAGAAAGGGGAGAAUCAAAUGAUCUUCUUCAAAAUAGAUUAUUAAAUAUAUGUUCAUAUAAAACAUACAUCUUUAUACAUACAUAUAAAUAUGAAUAUGUAUGAACAUCGGUACAUAAACUGUGUUUACUGAAGGAGUAUGUUGACGUUAUGGGGUAAGUGGGCGGGGCCCCUAAAGCCUGAAAAGCGCAUGCGCAGUGGAUUCAGCGUUCAUCUGGCCCUUGUAGCACGAAGGCUCCUUAACGAGGAACCGGACUCCAUUAACCCAGUCCCUGCUCCGCGUACAGAGCAUUCAGAAACAUGGCGAGGUACCUCCGACCCCCCAACAGCUCCCUGUUCGUCAGGAACAUCUCGGACGAGUCCAGGCCGGAGGACUUGCGCCGUGAGUUCGCUCGCUAUGGCCCGAUAGUCGACGUCUACAUCCCGCUCGACUUCUACCACCGCCGACCCCGCGGAUUCGCCUACAUCCAGUUCGAGGACGUCCGCGACGCGGAGGACGCUCUCCACAACCUGGACCGCAAGUGGGUCUGCGGCCGUCAGAUCGAGAUCCAGUUCGCCCAGGGAGACCGCAAGACGCCCAACCAGAUGAAGACCAAGGACUCUCCCCCCCGGGGGUCCUCGCGCCACGACGACGGCGACCGCCAGGGCCGGAGGAGACGCUCCCGGAGCCGCAGCUACGAGAGACGGCGCUCGCCGAGCCGCGGCCACGGAGACGCCCGCGGCCAUGAGCGGCGCCCGCGCAGGUCCAACAGCCCCCGAGAGUCUCGCUCCGCUGGCCGCAACAGACACAGCCCGCCCCCUGACCAGGAGAGGUACAGAGGCCCCCCCCGGGACCACCACAGACCCCCCCAGGGCCCCGGGUCCCGGAGCCGCUCUGCUUCCCGCUCCCCCGCCAGACAGCGGCCCAAGGCCCGCAAGAGUCCGUCCCGCUCGGCCACCCCGCUGCAGGACUUCCACCCCUCCUCCGGGGGGCGCCAGAAGCAGAGCUCCCGGCGCUCCUACUCCCGCUCCCUGUCUCGCUCCCGCUCGCGCUCCCGGUCCUGGGCGGGGCGCGAGGCAGACGCCCGCUGACCCCCCAGUGUUUUUAGCCGUGUCUGUUGGCAGGGGGCCAGGUCGCUAGGGGCCUGGCCGACCUCCACAGACAUCUUUAGUUUCCGUGGCCCCCGGUGAGCUGACUAGUUAGGGAGCCGACCGGACGUUAGUCAGGAUUAUUUGGUCUAAUUGGUUUUUUUGUGUGACGACAGUGGUCGCAGUUCACCAAAGUGAUAUUUUUCUACUUACCGUGUUUCUGUUUAGUUUGUUCUGUUGGGUUCUAUCUGGGUUCUAGUAGUUCGACUCAGUAGAGUACAAAGCAUUGAAUCUGUUUUUUCUACUUCUUUGCGUGCAAAGUGUGCGUAGCGUCUUGGGAGGAACGUGGUCUUGAACUUGUAUUCAAUGCUUUCUGUAUCUGGCAAUAAAUGGACAAAUUCAAAGAUCGGCUUGAACUUCUUGGACUUGAAAGUCUUGUUUCAGAUAAAAUACCAUUGCUUCAGUUCAGACAGCGUCCGUUGUAACAAACAAGUCGUACUAAUUUGUUAGUUUUCAAAAAUGAUAGAGUAUUGACUUUAAUGACAAGUAUUGAGUAUCGACCCGUUUCCACCUGCUCAGAAGUAGAAUACUUGAGUAUUCUAAUAAAAAUGUAUCAUUUAAUUUCAUGUUAUCUUGUCCCAAUGGUUACGGAGUAGAUCAGUGGUUCCUAACUUAACAGCCAUUUCUCCCCUGAGACACUCUGGAUCCUACAGAGUACCCCAGAACCACCGAUGGAUCCAAAUUAUGAUUUUGUUUAUAAUUCUGCUGCAGUAAAUACUGUAAUGCAUAGGAUUCACUGCCUUGUAAGCAAAAUGGUAGCUAUUCCAAAUGUCGUCUGACAUGUCACUGUCGUGAAGGUGUCUGUCUGAAGGCAUCUUCUGAAAGGUCAGUUUGGCCUUCCCCCCCCACAUGACUCAGCCAUGUCAUAGUAGCAGGACAACGAGGUCCUCACCAUAGUGGAGUCUGACUAUCCCUAAAUAGCAUCUGUCGCCGUUAGACAUUUCUUGGUGUUACAAAGUUGUCACAAUUGGCGUCCCCAAAAACUGCUUGGUC